GUAGCCUAAGGGAGUGCGGACCCGGGUGUGGAGGAUAUAUCUGUGGAUCACAUAUCGUAGAAGCUGUGCGGAUCAGUUAGAAUGGUCAGAUUAAACGUGCGAGAGGCGAAACACAUGAACGGCAAAAAUCAAUGCGCUUGGUAAAAAUCCCACUUACCCCUCGCACUGCGAAACACGUCGCCAGCUCCGUCGCCAUGGUAUACGGCAUCGGCAACCACACCGAGACUCUCAACGCGCUCUUCCUCCUCAGCACUCCCACCAACACCCACUCCAGCCCUCCCUGCAACGCAAUCCCCCCGAGCAGAUUCCCCGCCGCCACCGCCCCCACCAUCGCGAUGCCCACCGCCCCCCCAAUCCCUUGCGCCGCCGGCAACGCCUCCUUCCCCCCCCUCUUCACCGCGCUCGCCACCCCCGGCAACAACACAUCCACUGCCAUCGCCGCGCACGCGGGCAGCACGAAGCACGCGCAGCGCACGAGCAGGGUGCCGGCCAGCUCGAUGGCGAGGGGCUGGUGGACGAGGGCAAUACCCCACCAGUUGGCGGAGAGGAGGAGGAGGUUGAAUUGGGUGGACCAGGAGGAGAGGAAGGGGAGGAGGAGGAGGGAGAGGGAGGGGAGGAGGAGGUGGUGGGUGAGGAGGAGGGUGGAGAAGAGGAGGGAGAGGGUGGUGAGGGUGCCGGUGAGGGUGGUGGAGAGGAGGGCGAGGGGGGAGGGGCUGCUGGGGCGGAGGGAGAGCGGCAUGGUUUGGUUCGGGGUCGGCGGUGGUGUGGAGGGCGAUACCUGUCGAGGUUGGUCGCGAGCGGGUUAAGGUCGUGGAUGGAGGAUGCGCCGCGGUCGCGAGUGGGUGUACGACGCUAGGGUUGCUCUGAGCUAGAUCAUGGAAUUAAAGCCCAUCAAGGUAUAUACAAGAAGGGUGAA